GGCAGCCUAGAGCGCCGUGGCCGGGCGGGAUGAAGCGCUGCGGGGGCCCGGCGCUCUGGGGCCACCUGCCCUGCGGGCGCUCGGAGCUGCGGCUGGAGCUGGUGCUGCGCUGUGGCCAGGCCUUCCGCUGGAGGGAGCGCAGCCCUGGACACUGGACCGGGGUCCUGGCGGGUCGGGUGUGGACGCUCAGGCAGACCGAGGAGCAGCUCUGGUACACGGUUCACGAGGAGGAGGAAGAGGAAGGCAGCCACACAAAGGCCACGGGGCAGGAGCUGCAGCCCAGGGGAAGAGACGCAGGGGGGAGCCUGCACCCUGAGGCCCCCACCAUGGAGGCUUCAGGUGGCACAGACAGCUUUGAAGCCCAGCAGAUCCUCCAUGACUACUUCCAGCUGGACGUAGACCUGGCCAGGCUGUACCAGGCCUGGGGCGCUGUGGACCCGCAUUUCCAGAAAGUGGCUGCCAGUUUCCCAGGUGUCCGUGUGCUGCGCCAGGACCCUGUCGAGUGUCUCUUCUCCUUCCUUUGCACCUCCAACAACCACCUGGCGCGCAUCACGGGCAUGAUUGAGCGCCUCUGCCGGGCCUUUGGGCACCGCCUCUGCCAGCUGGAUGCGGAGCCGUACCAUGCCUUUCCCUCACUGCAAGCCCUAGCUGGUGCUGACACUGAGCGACGGCUCCGGGCUCUGGGCUUUGGCUACCGGGCAAAGUUUGUGAGCCAGAGUGCCCAGGCCGUGCUGAGGCAGUUUGGGGCUGAGGGGUUGCACCAGCUGCGCAGCACCCCAUACCCGGAGGCCAGGAGGCUGCUGUGCGCCCUGCCUGGCGUGGGGGCCAAGGUGGCAGACUGCGUGUGCCUGAUGGCACUGGACAAGGCGGAGGCGGUGCCUGUGGACACCCACGUGUGGCAGAUCGCCCGGCGGGACUACAGCCUGGAGCUGGGCUCAGGCACUCGGUGUGUGACGAUGCGUGUGCACAGUGAGCUUGGAGACUUUUUCCGGCAGCUCUGGGGACCCUACGCAGGUUGGGCGCAGGCGGUUCUCUUCUGUGCCGAUUUAAAGAUGUUCCGGCAGAACCCCGGCACAAGUGUCAGGACGAAGGGAGGCCCAGCCCGUUGCAGACUCACCCCUGCCCUGGAAGCAGGGGGGCAGGACUCAGCUUCACCUGGAGCCACAGGGACUCUGUGCAUAGAAGCAGAUCCAGCCCUUUGUGCCCUGACUGGCAAAUGCCACCGUAAGCAGCCCGGUGGGGGAAAGUGCUGCACUGGCCCCUCCCCACAGGGGGCUGGGCACUGAGCUGCGCUGCACAUGCUAAGCUGCUCCUGCUGCUGGCAGAGGGGGAGAGAGGAGAGUAGGGGGGACCCAGUUACAGCCUCUCAAAGCUGUGCCUGGCUGGGGGCUGGGUGUAUGGACCAGGUCCGUAACACAGACUAUCAGCAUGCAGAGCAGCUGGAGGGAGGAGGGGGGCUCACUGCAAACUCAGCCAUGUUUACAGGCCAGGCUGGAGAACCCACCAGGGCGAAAGGCCAGUGCCGGCCCACCUUGGCUCAGCAUAGCGCCCCUAGGAGAAAGCUGGUGCCAGGCAGAGGCUCCUGAGGCUCAGCGUGGGGGAGAGCCCACGGGAGCCGAGCUUGAGACCUUCCCUUUGGCCCUAACGCUGGUGCCUGCUGCAGCGCUGGGUGCCAGGGGGGGCAGUCCAGAGCUGCUGGGCCUGGCACUGGGAGAGGCACAGGGCCAGCCUGCAGUGUGGGACCCUGGGGGGUGCCCUACAGGGUCUGCCAAGCGUUCCCAUGUGCACUCAGCAGGGGGCAUGGAGUCACCCUCCCCCUCAGGUCCCCCCACCCAUGGCACAGGCUGAGGGGCCUGGGGCACUGACCCAGCAGAGCCUUGCCUUGGCCUGGCCACAGCACGAGUGGAGGUGGGGGGAACACGUGCCCCCGGGAGCUCAGGGCAGCUCCCUCAGCCGCCGGGCCAGGGCCCCAGUGAGCAAAGCCACCGCCAAGCUGCAUUCGCUGCUUUCCUUUAAUACAAGCGUCAACGUAGAAAGA